AUGACCAAGGGUACCACUUCGUUCGGUAAGAAGCACACCAAGUCGCACACUCUCUGCACCCGAUGCGGUAAGCGAUCUUUCCAUUGCCAGAAGAAGACUUGCGCCUCUUGCGGAUACCCCUCCGCCAAGAUCCGAUCCUACAACUGGGGUCAGAAGGCCAAGCGACGACACACCACUGGUACCGGUCGAAUGCGAUCUCUCAAGCUCGUUGACCGAAAGUUCCGAAACGGUUUCGGCAACAAGGCUUCCGAGUAA